UUCAGACUGACAAUGGAAAGCAAAAUAAACUGAAACGUCAGAAUUCAGAGAGCCGUUUAGAGAAUUCCAACAUCCCACUUGUCAGCUGGUAGAGUCUAUUUGUGGCCGUGUUCCACGCCUGCAGGAGAAGAAAGCAGUGACCGCACUCAAUCUAAAAUGGAGGAAUCCACAAUCAGCUAGAUCCAGCUCUGCAAAACAGCAGAGAUCGGCCAUAUACACACAACCUCAGCUAUGAAAAACAUGAACAAUGUAACAGAAUUCAUCCUGCUGGGCCUCACUCGCAAUCCAGAACUGCAGAAACUCUUGUUUAUUAUGUUUUUAAUCACCUACUUGAUCACAUUGGCAGGUAACCUGCUCAUCUCAGUCAUCAUCUUCAUCAGCCCAGCCCUGGAUUCCCCUAUGUACUUUUUUCUGUCCUGUUUGUCCAUUAUAGAUGUUUUCUACUCUUCUUCCAUAGCCCCUAAAAUGAUCUUUGACUUGAUCUCUGAAAAGAACACCAUAUCCUUCAAUGGCUGCAUGACUCAGCUCUUCGCAGAACAUUUCUUUGCGGCAGCUGAGAUCAUCUUAUUAAGUGUCAUGGCCUACGACCGCUAUGUGGCCAUCUGUAAGCCCUUGCACUAUGCAACCAUCAUGAGUCAACCGAUGUGUGGAUUCCUGAUGGGGGUGGCUGGGAUUCUGGGAUUUGUGCAUGGAGGGAUCCAGACUUUGUUCAUAGCCCAGUUACCAUUCUGUGGCCCCAAUGUCAUUGACCACUUUAUGUGUGAUUUAGUACCUCUUCUAGAGCUGGCCUGCACAGACACUCACACCUUGGGGCCUCUGAUAGCUGCCAACAGUGGAUCAUUGUGUUUCUUCAUUUUUUCCAUGCUAGUUGCUUCCUAUGUCAUCAUCCUGUGCUCCCUAAGGACUCAUAUCUCUGAAGGGCGUCACAAAGCUCUGUCUAGUUGUACCUCUCAUAUCUUUGUUGUCAUCUUAUUCUUUGUCCCUUGUUCAUACCUGUAUCUAAGACCUCUAACCUCCUUCCCCACUGACAAAGUUGUGACUGUGUUUUGCACCCUAUUUACACCUAUGUUGAACCCUUUAGUCUACACCCUCAAAAAUAAGGAAGUGAAAAAUGUCAUUGAGAAGCUCUGGAAGCACGUAAUGAAAACUGAUAAUAAAUAAGUCUUAUGACACAAACAUUUAGGCAAGAAUAUCUGGUGAUAUUUUAUAGAGAUUUAUUCUAUUUCUUGAUCGAUGA